UAAGCGGAGAGUUGCCGUCACUGUGCAGAGAACCAAACAGCGAGAAGACAACGCAUAUAUGCCCUGUUGGCUCUUACCCUUGUUGGAAAUGAGACUCUUCUUUUCUGGUAAUGCAUGCUUAAGAUGCUUCUGAUCUAGAAUUCUCGUUCUGUUUAUGGCGUUGAACUUAACGAGAGAGAGAGAGUUUUAACGCAGACCGAGGGCGCUUUGGAUUCUCUGGAGACGCCAACAGGCCAUCCGAUAACCAACCGGCAAGGGGGUUGGGAGAUCGAGUCAUCCCCUCAAGUUGCAGCAGCAAGCUAGCUUCAAACAAGAAAGGGCCCUCCCUCCGCUCCCAUUUGGGAUCUGUGAAUAUCGAUUCCUGUCAUUGAAUCGGCUACUGCUGCAGGAAAUCUCACUCUGAUUCCUUGUUCCUUUCUUCUCCCCCUUUUCACCAAUGGUGGAAAGAGCAGCGGCUACCAUCCCCGCAAAUACUUCUCGCAUUGCUAGGUUCCUUUCGGAGUGAGAAACGACUGGUACAUGAAUCUUGUUUUUGGACUGGAUCUGUAGAUGUCGCCAUUUCUUUCCAGUGCAGCUUAGUUCUGGAGAUAAAAGAAAAAGUUGGGAGAAUAUGAAGAUGACGAGGAACAAAAACAGGAAAUCAAAUUAUUUGCAUUGCAAUGCAGGAAACAGAUGCCCAGUGUCUGUUAUUGUGUGGAGCUUGGUCGGGCUUGUUCUUUUGGUCCAUUUCUAUUCCGUACUUCACCAGAGGGGUUGGAGAGGAGAGGUUCAGGUUCGUCCCAAUCUUGUUUUGGCGAAUAGGGAGCUUGAGCAGAUAGAGGAGGAGGCAUUCCAGUUCCCUUCAAGAAACAGACGGCAGGCACGUCCGGGAAAGCAGAGAGCUAGGCGGAUUUCUGUCAUAGAUGAGUUUCUUGAUAAGGCGUCAAAAACAAGGUACACGUUCUUUCCGGACCGAUCCACUGCUAUAAAUCCAUUGACGGCACCAGCUAAGGAUAGGCUGUAUUUUUCUCCGGCCAAAAUAUGGCUGGACACUGAUGGUAAACCAAUUCAAGCACAUGGAGGAGGAAUUUUAUACAUCGAGAGCUCUGGAACGUUCUAUUGGUAUGGAGAAAAUAAGGAUGGUGUUACCUACCAUGCCCACAGAAAAGGAGCUGCUCGGGUUGACAUCAUUGGAGUGAGCUGCUAUUCUUCCAAGGACUUGUGGACUUGGAAAAAUGAAGGAAUCGUACUGCAUGGUGAGGAAAAGAAUGUUAGUCAUGACCUGUACAAGAGUAAUGUUCUUGAGAGGCCAAAGGUAAUUUACAACAGUAAAUCGAACAAGUAUGUUAUGUGGAUGCAUAUUGACAAUGGAAACUAUACCAAAGCUGCUGUUGGGGUAGCCAUAAGUGAUUCACCUACUGGACCUUUCAAGUAUCUCUACAGCAAACGGCCUCAUGGUUUUGAUAGUCGGGAUAUGACAAUUUUCAAAGAUGAUGAUGAAAAAGCCUACAUUAUCUACUCAUCGCAGGACAACAGUGAACUUCAUGUUGGCCCACUUACGGAUGAUUACCUCGAUGUUACAAGGGUAAUGAGAAGGAUUUUAGUUGGGCAACAUAGAGAAGCACCAGCUUUGUUCAAGCAUCGGGGUACAUAUUACAUGAUAACAUCAGGUUGCACAGGUUGGGCACCUAAUGAAGCACUAGCUCAUGCAGCUGAGUCGGUUAUGGGUCCAUGGGAAACGCUGGGAAAUCCUUGUAUAGGUGGCAAUCACAUAUUUCGGACAACAACCUUCUUCUCACAGAGUACCUUUGUGUUAUCUUUGCCAGGAUUAUCUGGUUCUUUCAUAUUUAUGGCUGACAGAUGGAAUCCUGCUGAGCUUAGGGAUUCAAGGUACGUCUGGUUGCCUUUGACUGUUGGUGGAGCUGCUGAUCAACCACUGGAGUACAGUUUUGGUUUCCCCCUGUGGUCCAGAAUCUCAAUCUAUUGGCACAGGAAAUGGAAGCUUCCUGAUGGAUGGAAGGUUAGACAGCUCCAUGACUAAGUUCAAGUGGGAGACACAUGUUGCUUGCCAUUGUCUUGGUCUGGAUUUACUGUGUGUACAGCAAUCUCUCUUGAAGUCCAUAUUUGAUAGGUUGUUCUUAAAUGGAACCUUUCCUACCACACGAUGAUAACCAAACACGAUCUCUUUUUCCCAUGAAGCUGGUGCAGCGUGGAAAAAGAGAACUUUAUCUACGGGUGCCACAUAACUAAAAGAUCGGAAAGAUAGGAUAUUCAAAUGUUCUUAUGGAGGGGAUCUCAUUGUUGCCAUGUCCAUGAAUACACUUCCAAUCUAUAUAAACAGUGUAACCUAAAGUUUGAGCUUCUCAUGACUUUUAAUGUGGAUUAUGUGGGCAGUAUCCUUGUAUCAAGUUUGAAACUUGUCCAUGAUAUGUAUUUGUAUUAUCUAA